CCUUUAUUUGUAUCCAUUCAGCCAACACCUUAUCAUAAUUCCACGAUUUUAAUUCUAUAGUACCGUUAACUACUUAACCCUAUAGUCUUAGAAGUCAGUCGUCUGGGUUUCUUUGAAGCAUUCAUUUAUCAUGUUAACAAUGACUGGAACGAGAGGAGUCCGGUUUCGAUGUAUUGUGUACGUCUAUCGUCGUGGUAACCCUUUGAAUUUAAAAUGUCCGUGAAGGAUUGUAGGGUGUCGGCACGCGGAAGUUAUAACAGUGUACACCCCGCCAAAGAGAAGGGACCAUGAACACCUGGAAAUUACUUAUCUUGUCUCUACUAAUUUAUCAAGGAGAUAGUUUGGUAGUGUCUACAAAUAAUUUAACAUGGAUCGCCGCCCAGAAAUUCUGUAGUGACCGGCAGGAAUCUCUGAUCCCGGGGACAAAGGAGGAUUUUCCCUCCCCACACUGGAUAGGAUAUUAUCACAGACUCUCUGACUGGAUACACGUUCUGGGAUGCUAUGGUGACCAGAAUGUGGAGAGCCUGGGGGUACAAUCGAACCACACCCUAGUCCGGGGAUCAGUAGGUCUCUGUCAGGAGAGGUGCCCCUCUUAUCACUUCGCUCUCAAGAGCACCACGUGUCUUUGCCUGGAAAACGUUCCCCAUAAUAGCAGUCUCCCUCCCUCACAAUGUGAUUAUAAUUGUCCCUCUGACGAUGAUAGUCACGUGAACGACUGCGGAGGAAGCGCCACCUACAACGUCUACAGAGCUACACCAAGCCAAACACUUCCUAGCGAGAGAACAGUAAACUGUGUUGUGUUAGGAUGUUAUGAGCAGUAUGCACAGAUCCACACCAACAACUGUACGGAGGACUUGGGUCGAGUCUGCGAAUCAGAGGAGAGUACCAAUAAAACCCUGGCCCCAGAUGAUGAAGACUUCAAGUCUUGGAGCCAGACCUACAAGGAGUGCAGGGUGGAGGGGAGCUAUUUAUACGGUGAAGUUAGUCUGAACGAAGAUCCAAGGGUGCUGUGUAACAAACUUAGAAACUUUAAAAGCAACACCCCGGAAACCUGGCUAGGAGUGGCCAGACAGGUCUAUCUAACCAAAGACAGGGGAGAGACGACCGGUGUUGUGAUAAAUUGUCAAACCUGCUUUGGUCAGACGGGUUGCUCUUUUGUUGAAAAAUGUAAUGACAUUUCUUAUAAAGCCUAUGCAGUCUGUGGAAAUGCUAAUGAUUUAUUGGACACUACCACAGUCAUGACAACAAUAGAAAGUAGCACGACAGAAACAACGGAAAAUCCGACAACAACGUCAGAAAGUCCCACCACAAUUGAAAGUCAUUCAACAACAGAGAGUCCCAUAACAACAAAGGAAAGCCCUAUAAUAACAAGUCAAACAACAGUAGCAACAGAAAGUCCAGCAACAACAUUAACAACAUCAGAAAGUCCAACAACAACAACCAAAAGUCUAGAAACUACCGAAAGUCCAACAACAAUAGAAAGUUUCACAACAACUACAGAAAGUUUACCACCAACAACAACAACAGAAAGUUUCACAACAAUAACAACAGCAGAAAGUUUCACAACAACAACAACUACAGAAAGUCCAACAACAACAACAGAAAGUUUCAAAACAACUACAACCACAGAAAGUCCCACAACUACAGGAAGUCAAACAAUAACAGAAAGUCCAGCAACAACAACAAAAACAGAAAGUCCAACAACAACAACAACAACAACAACAGAAAGUUCCACAACAACUAAAGAAAAUCCUGCAACUGAAAGUCCUACAACAACAAUGGAGAGUAGUGAAAUAAUAGAAGAAAAUUUUACAUCAACAGAAUAUCCUGAAAUAUCAAGUAGACAAACAGCUAAAAUACCAACAGAAAGUACCACAACAGACGUUUCUACGACAUCUGUAGAAAGUCCCACAACGAAUGUGACAGAGGAAGCAACAAGUUUUACAACUUUGAGUCUUUCAACAUCUAUACAAAAAAGGUCAACAACAGUGAUAUCAACAAAAAGAUCUAUUACAGCAACAAGCACUCAAUCGACAGUAAAGUCCACAACAGCAGAUCCGGUAUCACAGGGACCGAUAGCGCCUGUAUCACAGACCAAAACAGAUGCCAAGACAGAACGAGCCAUUAUAGUAGUCGUGUCUGUUACCAUCGUGGGAAUCCUCAUGGCGAUAUUAGGAAUCGUCUUUAAACGGAGGAAAAAGAUUCCAUUCAGAAGAAAACAAAGAAAUCCCGUUGGAAUUACUUACCGACAUUUCAAUAGCGGUAUAAGUUCAAUUUACGAUGAUGUUGUUCUGCCGGAAAUGGACUUGCUGAAUUUUGAUUUGGAAAAUGAUAAUGCAGAGGACAUCAAAGAAGUUGGAGCAUAUUACCAGGAUGUGCAAACAGAAGAUGAAUCCGAGAAUAUCAAACUUGUGACUAGAGUGCAGCCGACAGAAAAGCAAGGGGAGCUUAUAAAUAGUGUAAGCAUUACAAACGUGAUACAAAAUGGAGGAAGGACUCGGGAACAAGCCGUUGUUACAGACGGUGUAAAUAUAGACAAUUCAAAUAAAAAACUAGAAUCAAAGAAUCAAAAUAGUGAAUCAGAUAAACCUUUACAUGAAUCUCCGCCUCACAAGUCUGUGAUAAACGUCAAAAGACCGUCUCAAUCUGUGACCUCUGGUGAACGUCCAGAACAAACUACAACAGGACCAAACAGUAGCCAGGCUUCAAAUAAGGCAAAGCAUGACACAAAGAAAAAUGUGUCAUUGAUUCAGGUCUCCAAAACAUGAGCUUAAAUUGAAAAUAAUGAUUAUAUAUAAUCUCUACAUUUUAUCAGGAAGACAUAGGAUUAAAAAAGAAAAAGAGUAUAAAAAGAAAUAUAAGAUAUUAUCUAUAUUUCAAUAAUAUUAAUGAUGCUUUGAAAUUAUUUAUAAU